ACAAGCGACGUCGGCUCAGCUGCUUCUCCAACUUCGUAUCUGCUUUCAACCGCCGAUGAGGUCUGCAGGCACAAAUACUCUUCUCCAUGAACAAGCAUAAAGCUUGAAAAUGAUGAAAAUUCAUUGAUUGCCAGAAACAAAGCUGCGUCGAUGUCAGCACUAAGACGAUCUAACAAGACUCACCAGCUGAGGACCCGGGUCUGGAAAAACAAUGUCGUCCAAGAUGUACUCAUCAGACCACUCCGACCACCCGCCUUCUCCAGGUCGCCAGCAACAGCAGGGUGAGCAGAGCCCACUAGCAAGGGAGUUUAGUACUCAUCGCCCGUGUCCUGGAGCAAGGCGCCUCAGUUUUGUAUACUCACCUAGGCAACUUGCCUACGCACUUGAGAAAAAAGAAAAACGAAGAGCAAGGUGGGAGAAGGGAGGUACUUGUACUCGUGAGCACCGGCCUCGGAUCAACUGGUGGAAUUCCCAGGGAGUGGCACUCCUUGUGAUCAGACCAGAUCAGACGUGGCGGAUCAAGGUUUGCUGAUCUCUGGUUGUGAGUCGAACUGCGAGAACGCGUGCAUUGAGAGUUCGGGAAGACGAAUCAGCAAGACAGAAUGCAGACAACAUCAUAACGAUCGACAAAGUCAGACGGUCCUCCCGUCACUUACGCAGAACGAAUGGUCCGGAUCAACUGGCUCGCUCCCGACGCUCAAGGAGGGUUGUGAUGCUCUAUGGAGUGCACUUACAUCAAGCACGAGUGUAAGUCAAUCCGCCACUUGGUAAAUCACACAUUCUGGUUAAGGGACCAGAUAUUUAUUCAGCUUCAUAUGAAGGUUUCAUCAGAUCAAAGAG